AUGCUAGAUCAAAACGGUUUCGCAGCUCCUUCGCCGUGGCCCUUGAAGGAUGAGUUUCUAGGCGGCAAAUCUGACGGCGGCACCGGCGACAGGAAGUCAUGGCAUCGUCUUGAGGAUAUGGCAACGCCAUUUGCGGCGCAGUACGCGAGACUGAGCCAACCUUGGCUCCCCGGAUUCUGGACGCGAUUCCCGUAUCGCGGGCUUGGCAUGUGGUUGCUGGCUCUGAUAGGAACCAUGGCGGCUGUUCUGAUAUUGAGAUACAGUGAUGGUGUGCCUGUUACGGAUUGGGAUGAGCAUAUACAGCCAACCGUUUGGCUAGCGUUGACGUCGGCGUUGUCAGGUGCAUUUCUUGCUUGUGCUUUUACAGAGGGCGCGGCUAUAUCGUAUUGGAGGACUGCUGGUAAGCCAGUUACAUUACAACAACUGCAAGCUGUGUAUGGUUCGUCGACAGGCAUCAUCCAGGCUGCUAUUAAUCUGUUUACCUGGAAGUCAAAGACUUUGGGCAUAGCAUCCAUAUUGAUGACAUUGUCCGUCAUGCGUGGUCCACUCAUGCAGCGAGCCUCUGCAACAGCAAACUUUUACGAGACACAGAAAGGAGCAAUGAACUUUCACAUUGCCCGAGAACUACCCAUGGACUACGCCUGCAUCAUGACAGGGCGUACUCAUUCCACAUCACUACUAACCAAGAACUUUAGCGACAUCGCCCACAGCUACAGUCGUCGAGAUGAUAUGGUCGCUUUUGAUACAUCCUGCACCAACUGCACAACAACAAUCGAAGGCUUCGGUUUUCAAGUUAAUUGCAGCGAGUCGACACGGGAAUACAACAUAUCCCUCGGAUCAGGAACAGACUUAAAACAGGCUAUGAACGGAGCAAGUUUCUUCCAGGUCAAUGUUUCCGAGUUCACCGACUACUCCGUGUAUCAAAUGAAGGAUGGGGCUUUUCUACAAUUGGCGACACUUUACAAAGACGACAACAAUUGUUACGGAAAAACAAAGGUCCAAACUUGUGAUCUUCACGCCGGUAUCACCAAGUUCCCCGUAAAAAUAGACGGAGACAAGGUUGAGCUUUUGGGUAAAUGGAAGGACGACAAGUUCAUCGAGCGCAAAUACAUGUUGCCUGCAGGACAGGUCGCAAGCGGCUCAGGUAAUAUCCUCGGCGGCUUCAGCACAAUUGGUAGUGCUCUUUUCAGUGCUACAGCCUACAUGAGCUUCACCGGCGCGACAGGCUACGACGUUAGAUCGAGCGGAUUACCAGCGACUCAGUACCUCACUAUGGCUGGUGACGUACCCGGCUGCAACGAUACCUGGGCGAAUCCAAUGGACGAUAUCAUUGAACUCACCCGCAACCUUGGCUUCCGUGCGAGUCUCCAGUACGCCAGGUUCAACACGACCGACAAACAAAACGUCCAAUACGACAGUGGCACGACGACACUUGUAUACACAACAGACUAUCACAAGAUGUGGAUAGCAGUCCUAGUCUCGCUCAUCGGGAUUUUUUCUGUGCUACCCACGUUUUGGGGAUGGUGGGAGCUGGGAAGAGAUGUCAGCCUGAACCCGCUUGAGAUUGCGAAUGCUUUUGGAACUGUGGGACAGGAAUCGCAUAUUAUGAGAAACGUGGAUCCGAACCAAAACGUUGGAGGGAUUGUGACCCAGGUUAAUGAUGUUGGACCUGUGAGAUAUGGCGCUUGGGAGAUGAGUGAUGGAGUUACGAGACUUGGGUUUGCAGGAGCUGACUUGUGUUAA